UUGGCACAACACCCAAUGCACAGCCACCAUAUAAGAGAGCCUUACCUGCACAAGGAAAUAGACAGAGCUGGGAAGGAGUGGAUAAUCACACAACUCUGUGAAAAUAAAAGACGCAGUGUUGUUGAGAGCAACCGUCACAAGCAGAGCCAUGAGGUUUCAGAUGCUCUCCUUCCUGGUCAUCCUCUCCUACCUUUAUCUCACCAUGGCACAAGGCUCCUACGAUGACUGCUGCUUGGACUAUUCUAAACGAAUCCCGCAAAAAUAUAGAAAUCGGGUGGUGAAGUACAGGAUUCAAGAACCCGAAGGAGGCUGCAGCAAACCCGCUGUAGUCUUCACACUCAAGAAGGGAAGGUUCAUUUGCGCAGACCCUAAACAAGAAUGGGUGCCGACUUUGAUGAAGAGGGUCGACAAAAUGAAGACCUACUCUAUCACCAAGAAGCACCACCAUCAAGGGCCAAAGAGAGGAUGAAGCCAUACUCUCCAACAAUAGACAAUAUAUUGUCCUUACACUUAUUAUUGCAAAAUCUCCCUGGGCCCCUGGGACUUCAGGGGUUUGAUGUUGGUCAGAUAUAAGUUUGGUCUGCUAUUUUUUCAUUUUAUUUUAUAUCCAUGGCCAUAAACUUUAUAUACAUUGACAAUAUCUAGUGUGGUAUGGAGCAUUGUAUUUCUGGUGCUAGAUAUAUUUAGGGGGUGAUGGCUUAUUGAUGUGCAAAAUGUCUGGGGAAAAGGUUGCAAUAGUUGUAUGAUGCAGUGAUGGACUAAACUUAUGCUAAUAAAAUUGGCUGAUCUUUAUUUUUCUACGUAUGCAAGAUGUGUCAGCCUAUUUUUUUUUAAAGACAAUCAGAAAACCUUCAUGGAACUGUCAAGAACCAUGAUUAAUUACUUUACAAUAUCGUUCCCCAAGGUGUAACUGAUAGAAAGAGAUACAUUUAUUCCUUAUGUUAAUUCCUUAUAUUCAACUACUCUACGAUUAACAAUUAAUGUGCUUUUUACUUUAUCUUUCUGGAGUUGUUUUGUGUAUCUUGAACAAACCUUCCGCAAAGAAGUUGUUGAUGGUUGAGUUGUGUAAAUAAAUACAUUUGAAUAGAUCAUCUUCUUUAUCUGUAUGGUGCAGAAUAGACACAGAAACACAUUUGCCAUGACUGAUGGCAUCGCCAUUGAGAUAUUGGUCAGAGUGCUAUAAAGGGAAAGUUGGUUCAAAAUGUAUUUAUAACUAGGUAAUGCUUAAAAAUAAGGGGAAAUUAAACGUCUCCAAAUGUUUUCCAGAAGGGUUAGGGUUGGCGAUUAAGCUUUUUCCCAAUGAUGAAAGCCGUUGCAUUUGCAGUAUAAAGAAUCUUUAGUGUUAUGUGUUGCCAAAUUCCAAGCAAUAAAAUCGAUCCAAGCACAUUGCGAUAAAAGGAACAUAAUUAAUGCUCUAAAUGAUCGAUUAGCGUUGAUUUAUUAUAUAGCAACCAGUUCUAGUAGGAGGUUUGACUUUGGACAACCACGCUGAAAUGGCUGUGAGAUAAGAGCUAACAGGAAAGUUACAGAUAAAAGCUUCCAAAGUGAGACACAAUUAAUUUGUUAGUCCCCGUUGUUUGUUUGCAAGGGUUUGACUUUGCGGGAAAAUCUGGUUGUUGUAGGCAACGAAUGUAUCCCGUCACCACGUCUCUUUGGCCCAAGCAGUGUCUUUAGAUAAGGUAGCCCAAUGGCCCCUCUUGGUCAUAUUCUGUAUCAGCUACACACUCAAUGCAUGCCCAUGCAAAGAGCCUGCAUUGCAUUUCAAAAUGUUAUGCUGUCACGCACGGUGUGACAGCGUUAUCAUAUGUCGAUCUUUGACGCCACUUGUUCUUUCCCCUUGAGAUACCGUUCCUGGGUUUUAAGUGAUCUGUGAAAGGGAGAAUAAAGAAAAAGAAAGAAGAUUGUGAAACCCUUGUAGAUGUUUUUGGAUAAGACAGUGAUCACAGUGUAUCCGAACUUGGGACCCACUUAGGGCCGACAAAUUGCUGACCUGCUGCCACAGAUAUUUGAUGAUACAUUUUUUAUGAGGUAUAUAUAGGCC